GCAAAGGCUCCGUCAGCUCAGCUGCAGCAGAGCAGUGCAGAGCACAGCAGAGAGGACGCCAUUACAGCCAGGGCAAGCACAAAGACAGCUCGAAAACUUGGCGGAGAGAUAGUUCGGCUAGCUCAAGGUGUCCAUGGAAAGCAAGGCACCCCGUGGGCACUACAGCUCAUGAGGGCCGGGCGUCGAUCGAGGACUACAAAUAGCCGGCGGCCUCAAGCUCUUGCAUCUCAUCGAGCGGAGGAAGAAGCACCUGCGCAAUCUUGAUCGGUCGUGUGACUGUCUAGCUAGGGAGUUAAUUUGGUUUUGCAGUGAUGGCGAAGGGUGCUGGUUACGGGCUUGGGUUCGUCUGCUUCGCUCUUGUGGCGGCGAUGGCCGGCGCGGUGCAGUUCAAGGUCGGCGGCGACAGCGGGUGGAGCGUGGCCGGCGCCAGCAAGGAGUCGUACAACACUUGGGCGAUGAAGAACAGGUUCCAGGUCGGAGACACUCUAGUGUUCGUGUACCCCAAGGACAAGGACUCGGUGCUGGUGGUGCAGCCGUCCGACUACAACGCCUGCAACACGUCGUCGUACGACAAGAAGUUCGCCGACGGCAACACCGUCUUCACCCUGGACCACGCCGGCGCCUUCUUCUUCGUCAGCGGCGUCGAGGCCAACUGCCGCGCCAACGAGAAGCUCAUCGUCAUGGUCCUCGCCGGCCGCAACGGCACAGGCACGGCCGCCGCGCCGCCGCCUUCGACGCCCGCCGCUCCGGCACCAGCAACGUCAUCUCCACCUCCGGCCGCUUCCAGCCCGCCGCCUGCGACGCCCACCUCACCAACCCCCGCGGCGCCCAGUCCCACCUCGGCUCCUCCUCCCGCCUCCGCUUCCGCCCCGCCACCGGCCUCUUCCCCUGCAUCUGCUCCUCCGACCUCGUCGCCCACUGCUCCGGCGUCCCCGCCUCUGCCCACUCCGUCGGCCCCGACCGGCGCCCCGCCGAUGGCGCCCUCGGCGAACGCUCCGGCCGGCGCAGACGGAGGAAGCACGAACUCAACGGGCACGUCAUCGUCCCCGCCUCCAGCCGGCUCCAACGAGCGGAACGGCGCCACGCUCACGGUUACCGGCGCCACAGGUCUCGCCGGAUCGGCCGCGGCCUGCAUCGUCGGCUACGCCAUGCUCGCUCUGUGAAGCGUGACCGGAGAAGGGUGACUACUACAACUACAGUAACUACUGUACUAACUAAGACGAGUGAUCUGUGUGUGCAUCGACUAUCGAUUGACCUCUUUGUGUUGUAUACGUAUUCGUUUUCCAUCGGAUGAAUGAAAUAAGAAAGAGACGACGAGAUUCUUGAGAAA